AUGGAGGCUUUUGGCUUGCCUUAUUCUCCAGAUCAAACCAUCUCCCCUUGCAAACGAAACCCUAAGAAAAACAUCCAGACCACCACUGUUCCUCGGCCUUCAUCAGAAAACUUCUCACCUGCAAACCUAUUCUUAAACCUCAACGGCAGAGGUAUCUUGUUGGGACCUCCUCCGCCACAUCUGUCCUCGUAUUCUGUCUCAAAUGGACAGAAACAGCAACAUCCACAACCAAAACCACCUCUUCUUCCACUACCCAUCAACAACAAAUCUUGCUCACGAAACAGAGGCCUCUCAUGUCCACCAACUAACAGGAGGACCAGUAAGGUUAGAAACCAAGGUCUUAGAGCUUCGUCUUCUUCAGUCAAUACUCCAAAGAAGCAAGAUUUGAGAUCGGUAUCGACGGAACGUUUAGGGCCGGAGCCCGGUGAUCUUCCGAAAGAAGUCUCUAGGGUUAUGAAACCAUACGUGAGUUUUGAGGACAUUAAUGAGAAGUUCUCACCAUCAGUUUUCUAUAUGUCUCCUCCGCCGAGCAGCUUGCCUUUACCCAAGUUCUCUGUUAGGCCCAAGCUCAGUUGUAAUGCCGAAGCCGGAGGGAUCGAUGCCGGUGCGACUGAUAAACUCCGGCGACUUUUGAGACUAAUGUGA